AUGGCAGGAGCGUACGUGUCCAACAUGGCGCAGUACAACAAGAUGUACAGGCAGUCCCUUGACGAGCCGGAGAAGUUCUGGGGGAUGAUGAGCAAGGACUUCUACUGGAAGGAGAUGUGGCACACGCUGAACGAAGUGAACUUUGACUACACCAAAGGCCCUGUGUCGAUCAAGUGGUUCUUGGGAUCCAAAACGAACCUGGCCUACAACGCGCUCGACCGCCACAUCGAGGCUGGCAAGGGCGACAACAUCGCCUUUUACUGGGAGGGCAACGACGAUGAGAGCAGGGCUUACACUUACAAUGAGGUCUACGAGAUGGUCUGCAAGUUUGCCAACGUGCUGAAGAGCAAGGGCAUCAAGAAGGGAGAUACGGUUGCCAUCUACCUCCCCAUGGUUGUCGAGCUCCCUGUUGCUAUGCUUGCCUGCGCCAGGAUCGGGGCAGUGCACAGCGUUGUCUUCGGCGGCUUCAGUGCCGAUGCCCUUGCUAGUCGCGUCGCUGACUGCAAGGCAAGAGUGCUGGUGACGGCCGAUGGUGUGAUGCGAGCCAAGAAGUUGGUGAACCUGUUGGACAUCGUCGACAACGCGGACAAGAUCCUCAAGGCAGACAAGGAGGCCAAUCACAAGUUGGAUAGCAUCAUUGUCGUCGAAAGAAACUCAAAAGCAGGGCCCUUGAAAGAGCAGCAUGAACCCUGGAACAAGCUGAUGGCGGGCGCAAGUGCCGAUUGCCCAGUCGAGUGGAUGGAUGCCGAAGAUCCCUUGUUCCUCUUGUACACGUCGGGGUCAACAGGAAAGCCCAAGGGAGUUCUGCACACAACCGCCGGCUAUAUGGUUUGGUCCGCCACCACCUUCAAGUACGUCUUCGAUUACCGUCCUGGAGAUGUGUACUGGUGCACAGCAGACUGCGGAUGGAUCACUGGUCAUUCAUACAUCACCUAUGGCCCGAUGAUCAACGGGGCCACCCAAGUGCUGUUUGAAGGAGUUCCAACGCAUCCGACACCUGCUCGAUGCUGGGAGAUCAUCGACAAGUACAAGGUCAACCAGUUCUACACCGCUCCCACGGCUGUGCGAUCCCUUAUGAGCUUCGGGGAGCAGUACCCCGAAGGGCACUCUCUAAAGUCUCUCAGAGUCUUGGGGAGUGUCGGCGAGCCCAUCAACCCUGAGGCAUGGAGAUGGUACAGCAAGCAUGUCGGACGAGGCCAGUGCUCGAUCUCCGACACCUGGUGGCAGACGGAGACUGGCGGUCACAUGAUCACACCGCUGCCUGGAGCAACUCCCCAGAAGCCUGGCUUCGCUACCAAGCCCUUCUUCGGUGUCGAACCUGCCAUUUUGGACCCGGACGGCAAGGAACAAGAUGGCGCUUGCGCUGGGUAUCUUACGAUCAAGAGAUCCUGGCCGGGCCAGCUGCGCGGCAUCUACGGAGACCAGGAAAGGUUCGAGAAGACUUACUUCCAGCUCUUCAACGGGGCCAACGAGAUGAUCUCCAAGGACAAGUACAUCACGGGCGAUGCGUGCCGGCGCGACAAGGACGGUUACUACUGCAUCACCGGCCGCAUCGAUGACGUCAUCAACGUGUCCGGGCAUCGUAUUGGAACGGCGGAGCUGGAAAGCGCUCUCUCGCAGUUCGAGCAUUGUGUGGAAGCGGCGGUCGUCGGGUUUCCCCACCCGAUCAAAGGAGAGGCGAUCUACGCGUUCGUUACCCUCGAGCAGGGAUAUGAGAUGACGCCGGAGGUCCAGAAGGCGCUGAAGCAGGUUGUGAGGUCUGAGAUUGGAGCCUUUGCUGCCCCCGACAAGAUUCAGUUCGCCCCUGCCUUGCCAAAGACGAGAAGCGGCAAAAUCAUGCGCAGGAUCUUGAGGAGGAUCGCCGCCGGGGUGACGGACGUGUCUGAGUUCGGAGACAUCAGCACCAUCACCGACCCGAGCAUCAUCGACGAGCUGCUGGAGAACGCGAAGCAUGCUUCAUGA